AUGAGAUUUUUCCACCUCUUCCCUCCCUCAUCUCAUGCAGAGCUGGGAUUCCAAACAUUCCUGGCCAAGUGUGGAGAAAAGCGAGCCUCGCACUUCAACUGCUCCCACACACCUGCAAGUACAAGGAGCAGGACUAGACAGAGAAGAAUGCUGUUAGAUGCUCAGAAUACUCGCAGAUAUUCUUUAAUGACACCACAGAAUGAUCUGCCUCAGGGGGAAGAAUGCCUCAGCCAUAUACAAAAUUUGGAAGAGACACUGAGGAACCAGAUAGAUAAAAUGGAGCACCUCAAACUAAGUGUAAUGGAGGUCCUCAACAGCAGCACCACCAGUACUGGCUUCAAUUACAUCCAGCAAACCAGCUCAGAGAUAAAGAUGUCCUUAGCUGCACAUACAGCCUUUCUCAAUGACCUUAAUGAGCGCAUGGAGUCACUAAAGAUUAGCUCAACAUUAUGGGUGAACACAAAGCCCAAGGUCUGGAGGAGGAGGACACAAAGUUUCGGACGCUUGAGCGUCCGCUCUCGCUUCUUUGAUGACACUCAAUCUGAGCAGGGCUGGAGCCCGGCAUGGCCACGAAGGAACAGCGAUGCUGCUUCUGAAAUGUCCUGCGCCUGGUGAAACCAUCAUCUAAAGGAGAAAAGAGUUGUGUAAUAUUGCAUGAAAUACCACAAUAAAAAGGGUAUUUUAUUUUUAA